AUGACCAGUCUGGCCUACCUACCACGAGAUGUACUCGUCGAAAUCUUGUCCUACUUUUGUCUGCAUUGUCGAGGCGACCUAAGACCUGCCAAGGGUCUCGGAACCCCGCACCAGCAAAAACGGUGGCGUGAACCCCAGCAAUCCGACCAAAAGUCAUGGUAUUCAAUCGAUAAAUACACCUUGUUUUCUCUUGCAGCCUCUUGCAAAUCACUGCAUGCUGUUGCAGAGGAUAUUUUGUAUCAUGACUUCGCACCUGGUUAUGGCGACUCCGAGCUGUCUGAGCUUUAUACCUAUGGUCACAGAUUGAACCAAUUCAUGCGAACCGUUGGAACGCGCAAAGACCUCGCUGAGAAGGUCCGCAUGGUCUUCGUUCAUCCACAACACUCCAACGCGGAUGUGGAACAGACCGUACUUUCUUUGAAACAGGGCGCCGCUGAUCUGGGCAUCGAUAUUGCGAAAGGUUGGCGGCACCGUGCAGAAGACGUCCUGAAUAAUUAUAAUUCUGCUCCAAGGGGGUCAGAACGGCCAGAGCAAUUGGACUAUAUAUUCAUGCUCAACUCAGCCUUUACCGAUGAAAUCUUCGACUAUCUAGCACGAAAGCAUACCGUUAUGACCGACGAGUUUUACAGGGCUUUGCACCAUGAGCUUAUCCCAAUGCUGAUUGCACUACUCCCCAAGCUGGAUCACAUCAUUUACAAGGACAAAACCAGAUUUUCGAUGUUCGAUCAUUCCGCUUUCGAAGCUCUAGGAGUGACAGAGUUCCCGGAUCUUCGUACACUGGAGAUAGAUUAUGAUGCAUUCUCCAUUCUAGAAAGAGCACCGCAUUUGACACAAGUUGAUUUUCUCAGCCCUCCAUUUUCCAGUUUGUCUGAGACGGUCGGAGACUCAUUCGGCGACCAAUCCAAGAUCAAGACCCUGCGAUUGCAAGACAUAUAUGGCUCCGUUAGGCUCAACAUGUCGCUCUCCUACGCAGCCAAGGACCUUCGAUCGCUGGUUAUCGAAUCUUAUAGAAAGCGAGUACAUAAACUCGAUCUAUUCACUUGGCCCAACUUCUCUGCAGAAACUAUUGAAAAGGUGCGCAAUUACCGGCAUAGUUUGGAGAUAUUACACCUGGACCUCCGAGGCAACUUUGAUGAAGGGUUUAACUCCUACCGUCCCGACUCUACAUUUCAAGACUUUGAAAGGCUUCAACAUAUCCUUUUGAGCACGCAGCUCAUCUUUGACAUUUCACGCCAGCUCAAAGUGGAAGACCGAUAUGCAAUUACUCGACUGUUGCCGCCGUCGAUAGUAUCGUUGCACUUGGUCUGGGGCGGUACGAAGCUUAACCGGUCCGCACGUUAUAGGCCGGAGUCAACUAUAGUGAACCGCUUCAAACAGGGAUUGCUGGGGCUUGCUGCAGCAGCGACCAGCGACUUUCAAAAUCUGAGGUUUGUUGGUAUUGACUACACUAAGGGGGUAGACGCAACUGUCGAGGAGGCCAUACGUAGGGCGGGAAUUGAAUUUGCGUACGAGAGUUGGCCAGUGCCUUAUACCAUUGAGCCAGAUGAGCCAGAUGAUGUAUAG